AACACAACUUUAGGCGGAACUAAAGCUGUGUAGGUUACGUAUCUUGGCGGAACGCUUAUUGGGAACACCGGCGUCGCGCUUUCUGAGGGAGGUCGCUUUGAAACAUGCCGAAGUUUUACUGUGACUACUGUGAUACCUACCUUACACAUGAUUCGCCAUCAGUGAGGAAGACCCACUGCAGUGGCCGAAAACACAAAGAAAAUGUGAAAGAUUACUACCAGAAAUGGAUGGAGGAGCAAGCUCAGAGCCUGAUUGAUAAAACAACGGCUGCAUUUCAACAGGGAAAGAUUCCUCCCACACCGUUCCCAGGUGGCCCUCCCCCAGCUGGACCUCCUCGUCCAGGCAUGCUGCCAACACCCCCAAUGGGAGGUCCUCCAAUGAUGCCCAUGAUGGGGCCUCCACCACAUGGGAUGAUGCCUGGUGGGCCUGGAGGCAUGAGGCCACCAAUGGGAGGACCAAUGCAGAUGAUGCCAGGACCGCCAAACAUGAUGCGUCACCCUCGACCGAUGAUGAUGCCGCCAGUGAGGCCAGGCAUGAUGAGACCAGACAGAUAAGGCCAAAUGGACUGUCGUUGUUUGUUGCCAUGAAGAGCUGCUGUGUAGUGAGGACACUUGGCUUAUCCUAUGGUUUUUUUUUUUUUAAUGCCUGUUCAACUUCUCUUCAACCUUGAACAUAAACCCCUGGUUAUAAUUAUGUCAUUUUGGUAUAAAUACUUUAUUUCCUGGUAUUUAUUACAAUGUCCAUAAAAAUCCUCUCAUUUUGUAAUGUAAUGAUUGGAAGAUCGUUACAAGAAGACCAUUCGAGCCACACAUUGGAGCAGCAGGUUUGAUUUGAUAAUAGUGACUAUGGUGUUGCUUUUUUUUUUUAGGUUUUUAAUGUUUUUGUACUUUAUUGCAUUGGUUGGAGGAAUAAAAUGUUGAUCUCAAA